GGCUUUACAUGGACGACACAGUCAGACUCUGAAGUGGUGACAUCAAGCUGUGGACACUCCUCGGUUGACUGUUGGUGACACAUAUUUCUUUGGAUAUUAACAUUUUUUUUUCCAACUGCUUCAGUGGAAAAUGACUUCCAGAAGACCAAUGAUUCGUUCUUUUUCUGGCAAUGGGAGACUAAGCAGCUAUAGUGAAGAUGAGGGCAGCUAUUCCAAUGGCCGUACAGAAAGUCGCAAGACUUACAUUUCAGAUGUUCGGCCUGAAAACAGGAGCACACUGUGCAGCAUCAUGGCUCAGCUGACAGAGGAUAUCCAGCCAUCCUUCGAUACCACCUUGAAAUCGAAGGCGGUGUCGGAAAACUGCAAUGUGAAAUUCACCUGUGUGGUUUCAGGUUACCCAGCUCCUGAGCUGAAAUGGUAUAAAGACGAUAUGGAACUGGAUCGGUAUUGCGGACUCCCAAAGUAUGAGAUUCGACGUAAUGGGAAAUUUCACAGCCUCCACAUUUACAACUGCACAUUGGAUGAUGCUGCCAUUUAUCAGGUGUCAGCCAGUAAUAGUAAAGGUAUUGUCUCCUGCUCGGGGGUUUUGGAAGUUGGUAUAAUGAACGAGUACAUGAUCCAUCAGCGGUUCUUUUCAAAACUGAAGCUGAAAGCAGAGAAGAAGAAAAAAGAGCUGGAGGAACAGAUGAAGAUGGGAGGUAAAGGAAACAUUCAGAAAGAGAAACCGCUGAGCAGCCCUGAACGUAGUCAAAGGAAGCGACCAGUUCCAUCAGAGGAAAUUGCAUCACUCCAGGAGGCCACAAUGCAGAAGGGAGCUGCUGCUGAAACAAAUGGUGUAACAUCAGAAGUCAAACAAACAUCCAUAGAAAAUGGUGUAGACAAAGUGAACAGCUCGGCCAAAAAGAAAAUGAAAAUCGCAAAUGGUAUUGAAGUUGGAAUUAAUAGUGGCAUCAGCAGAAGCCAUGUGAUCGGGAAAGGUAGUGAAAACUGUUAUGAUGGAGGAUUCAGUUUGGCCCAGUUUCUGGCAGAGACUCUCCAAUCACAGGAGGCUGAGGAGCAACAGAACCUAUCUCAAGGGGAGACAUCUACAGAGGUGGGCGUACAUUUUACAAGUGAUGGAAUAGAUGAUCAGCAAGAGAGCAAACAAAAAGAAGAGUGUGAAAGAGAGACAAGGCGAGAACAAGAAUUUGUCAUUGGCAGAGAAAAAGGAAAUGAAAGGCAGCCAGAGCUGCCGCUUACAGUAGCUCAUACCAAACAGGGUUCGGAAGUGAAACAUCACAGCAAGGUUCAUAAAGACCACGAACACCACAACCUACAGACAUCUAUCUCCUCCAUGCUCCACACAGUCAAAGACUUCUUCUUUGGCAAAAGCAAGAAGGUCUCUCGUGAACACACUGAGAAUCAGGUGAAAAAGCAUUAUCCUGCCCGGUCGCAAACACCACCGUCAUUUCAGCCACAAUCCGAGUGGAUUCCUGAAGAGUGCAAGCCUCUGACAGAGCAUUUUGCACCCGUAGACAGAGAUAAAUCAAAGGAGCCCUCAGAGAUCACAGUUAUAGAACAGUCAUUGUCAUCAGAUUCAUUGGCAGCAUAUGAACAUGAAGACAGUGGUUUGCAAUCAGACCUCCCACAAGUCCAUGAACUGCUCCCUGAGAGUAUCGAGGAUCCAAUGACACAGAGGAUCCCUGAAGUCUAUUAUUCCGUGGAAGACAUGGAAGUCUCUGUGGAAGCAGACAGCAGAGAUGCAGAUGAAGAAAUACCAGUGACCAGGCUUCAGGUUGAAUUCAAGGCCGGGGAGAAAACUUCUGAAGAAGUUGAAGUAGUAGUUCCUGUAUUCCACGAAGAAUCUAUAACUAGCUGUCUGGUAGUUUCAACCAGAGACGAAGAGCCUGGCUUGCUGCAGAUGAAAGCCCCUGAUGAAGAUAAAGGUUCACUCACAAGUUUAGAAGAUAAUCAGGCCCAGACCUAUCUUACCUCAGCAGUCGACAGCGCUAAAGAAAUGACUAAUGAUUCAGAAAAGGAGAUGCAGGUCAAUAAGACUGUCAAAGAAGGAACACCUGACACAAAAGACCACUGUUCACCCAAUGAGUUAUGUGAUGACGAGAAAGCUGAAGUGAAAUUAAAGAUGCACCUUUAUCCAGAUAUAGAAAGCCCAAACGUUACUGAAUUAUCACCUUCUCUGGAAGACGGAACAGAAGCGUGUGACUCCAAAAUGGCAAAUCAGGUGCUUUCAACAUCAUCUGAUAUGGCAGAGCACAGUGCAGAUGGAAUUAAUUUAAAAGCAAAGCCAGAAUGUACUUUGCUUGUUCAGGAAAUGAGUUUUGCAUUUCCGCCCACUGCAGAACCACAGGGUUUAGAGAUGGCUGACUUAAAAAUGCUGCCGGAACAUGCUCCUGCUACAGCAGUGGAAACCACAGAAGUCCGUGAUGUCACUGCAACCAAAUCGAGUUUAGAGAUCAGUGAUGAGGACAGCCAGCUGAAAGAUGCAUUGAUGGUCGCUUUGGAAGAAAAUUUAGAAGUGAACUUAUUUAACGAACCAAGAGUUAAUGAGGCGAUGGGUUUAACAGGUGAGAGUGCUAAAGAAAACAAUGAGAGUCUGCAGACUGAAAUGGAGAUGGAAACAACAGCUCUGGUUGAAGCAGAGCUUAUGGAUGAUGGGUUUAAGAACAUUUCAGAAGCAAACAAUGAAGAAAACAAUGCUGUGUCUGAAGAACACAGUGAUGUUUUAGCUCCAGAUGUUAGUGAGAAACAAUUUGGCUAUCCCACAGAGAAAAUCCCACAAAUCCAAAUAUCUACAAUUGAAGACGUAGCAGAUACUAAACUACCAACACCAGAUUUAAACCUAAAUGAGCAUAUUAUAAUACCAAAAACUGACAUAAUGGAGCUUGAAUUCAAAGAGUGCACUGUGCCACUAACAAUUUUGGCCCUUGAUAAGCAAGAAUCAGAAGGUGUGGUUUUGCAAAAGAAUGAUGCAACUGACAAGUCAGAGGGAGUAAUCCAAGAUUAUAAUAUGUCUGGAGGCAGAUCACCCACACAGAAAGGAAUGCCGCAGAAUUUGGACCUGUCACCUCCAGGGAAAGUAAAAGAAGUUGCACAAUUAGAGGAAGAGAGAGAGUCAUGUGAAAAUGCACACAUGAAAAGCAGCGAACAGCUUCCUCAGGAGGACAGUGCAGAGAUUCCUCUUAUAAACGUUUCAUGUACAGAUGACAAGGGAAUUGAUAGCGGUGCAAAGCCUCACGUGUCCGAUACUCCACCGCCACUCAAAGCACCAUCAGAGACUUUGUUUGUCAUGCCACCAAUCUCCGUCACUUGUCACGAAAGCGUUGCUGAAGACACAUUGUCCUCUCACAGGGAAUGGAUAGAAACAGAAUCCUCACCUAACUCCCUGAGUGGAAUAAAACAUGAUGUUGUUGAUGACAGCAUGAACACUAAACCUGAAAAGCCCCACAGAAAACAUAGAAUGAAACAAACGGCGCCAAAAUGCUCAAUGGAAAACACUCCUGCUAUCUUUUAUGAAAUGCCAAGGGUUGGAGACAGUGAGCUACAGGUGGAAAAAACAGGAGACAGCAGUGUCCCUGAAAUCUUAAAGACAAAAUCUACAAAAAUAGAGAGUUUGGAGGAUCUCAACAUCAACAGGUCAUCUGUGGAGAGACUGGGAUUUAAAACACCGACGUGUCCAACGCUGAGUCCGACGAGUCUUCGCAAAUUUCUGUCAAAAUCUGCAGAUCUGGACUUGGAGGCUGUGACAUCCGUCCCUGUAAUCACCGUGGGGGACCGACAGAGCGACAAGGGAGAUGAGGAUGUAAGCGAAGGGUCGACUCCAACGUCAUCUCUUUCCUGUGAAACCAGCCCACGGUUGAAAAGAAGAGACAGCUUGACGCUCAUUCGCUCGGCCACCCCAGAGGAGUUGGCUUCAGGGGCUCGCCGGAAGAUCUUCAUCCCAAAAGCUAAAGAUGAAGGAGAGGGAGUAGGAGCUGGUCCAUUAGCUCCAGAUGCUCAGGGCAAGAAGGAGACAGCAUACAUGUCGCCCAGCCAGGCUCGCAGAGCUGCUUUACUACAGGCACCCGCUGGGCAAAACACCCCACCAAUGGAGAGGCGCUCCCCGCUGAUGAGCCGUAGGAAGUCCACACUGGAGGUGCCAAAGGUUGCGGAGGAGACCCACACAGAGGAGCCCAUCAGCAUCAAGCUUGAGGAGAAACCUGCUGAAAAGAAGCUAGAUCCAUUGAAAGCUCCUCAGGUCAUUCGUAAAAUCAGGGGCGAGCCUUUCCCAGAUGCUUCAGGUCACCUGAAGCUGUGGUGCCAGUUCUUCAAUGUGCUCAGUGACUCCACCAUUAAGUGGUACAAAGAUGAAGAGGAAAUAUUAGAAGUGAAAAGAAGCGGCGGAGACGAAACCCAAGUAGCUCUGGCUAUCGUUCUCGCAUCCAGCCAUGACUGUGCCGUAUACGGUUGUACGAUCACCAACGAAUAUGGGACAGACACCACUGACUUUCUCCUCAGUGUCGACAUUCUGUCUGAGAUACUACUGAGAGAUGAUCUGGAAGUUGGAGAGGAGAUUGAAAUGACCCCCAUGCUGUUCACUAAAGGCCUAGCAGACUGUGGCAGUUGGGGCGACAAGUACUUUGGUCGCAUCAUGACUGAAGCAGUGCACCUCGGGGAGGGCUGUGCUCAUAAAGCCAGCAGAGUGAAGGUCAUUUACGGCCUGGAUCCCAUCUUUGAAUCUGGAAGCACAUGCAUCAUGAAAGUUCAAAGCCCCAUCGCUUAUGGGACCAAACAUGAGAUGAACCUUGCAGAGAGAAAUCAAGAUAUUACUAAGCAAGAGUGCAAAGUCCAAAACAUGAUUCGUGAGUACUGUAAAAUAUUUGCAGCCGAAACCAGAGCCAUUGAGAACUUUGGAUAUUCUCUAGAAGUGAUUCCACAGUAUCUGAUGUACCGGCCUGCAAACUCUGUGCCAUAUGCCACAGUGGAGGCUGACAUCGAGGGCGUCUUCCAAAUGUAUUGUAUGAUGGAACCUAAAGGCAAGUUGAUUUCCAGAACUGCUUCUGAGGUGGAGCAGAAAUGUUGCACCUUCCAGCAUUGGAUCCAUCAGUGGACGCAUGGCAACUUGCUAGUCACUUGGCUUGAGGGUGUUGGAAUGAAGCUGACUAACAUUAGAGUUGUGACCAAGUCUAAAGGAUAUCAAGGUUUAUCAGCGUGUGGCUCCGCUGACAUAUUUGAACAGUUCUUGACACACCAUCAGUGCAACUACUACUGUGGACUUCUUGGCCUGCGCCCCCUGAAGACUAUGGAGAGUCUGCAGCAGCCUGCCAAGAUGAAAGGUUCCAAGAGUCCCCUGCUCAACCGCAAAAUGAGUUCAGGAUCUGUAAGCCCACAGAUACAACGGAAAGGAAUACACAGCCCUCAGGCUUUGAGAAAGACAAGCCCAAAGGUGACAAGAAAAGUUCAGGAGACAGAAGACAAUAAUAAAGCAGACACCAAAACCCAGCCAGCAGAAAUGGUUGAUGUUCUUGAAAUGAGGUAGAAAAUGGCCUGCUAAACUUCUUUGCUUUCAGGUAUUUUUUUCUAUAAACUGUAAAACAUGAAAAGGUCUGUUCUGUUACAAAGGCAGGCAUGGACUUGAACUAUGGAAAAGAAAAAGGACAGAAUCUAUGACUUGUAUAAAAAUUACUGUGAAUUUUUCAGGUCAGAUUUACAGCAACCGAUGUACGUGCUAGUGCACGUGCAGACCCUGCACUGAACAUAGCCUCUAAAUAUGAAAUUCAUAUUUAAGAUGAAUGCAUGUACCUGAAUUGUCCAGAAGGUGGCAGUGAUCACUAUGUGGUAACAGCUCCUGACGUUUUUUCUUAUUCACGCAGACUCUGGAACAAUGAUCAGAGGUUUCGAAGCAUGUUUCGAGUUAGCCAUUAGCAAUUUGCAGUACUGAUGCACACGUUUGGAACCAUCCCCAAAAACAUGUUCUAUCCAUUCUUUAAUUACAGUUUCAUUUCACUUUCCUGUUGUAUAGUUUAACCCGUACUGUGAUGUCUAUGAUUUCAUGCAGACUCCAGAGCAGUGUUUGAAAUACGGGUUUCAAAACAGUAUUUUGAGUUAGCCCUCAAUAAUUUGCAGUACUGACAAAACGUUUUCACCAUCCCCAGCCCCAUCUUCUAUCCAUUCUUUAAUUCCAAUUUUGCCUUGCUAUUCUUUUGUAGAUUUUGACGCAUAUUGUGAUGUGUUCCUUUUCACGAAGACUCCUAAACAAAGUUUAAAAUAUAGGUUUCAGAGUGGUAUUGAGUUAUUGAGUUAGCAACCACUAAUUUGCAGUACUGACAAAAUGUUUUGGCACCAUCCCCAGCCACACAUUCUGUCUAUUCUUUAAUUCCGAUUUUGCUUUCCUGGUCUUGUGUAUAUUUUGUGUUGUAUUUGCACACACACUGGGCAUCGUGUUGCUAGUUUAACUACGUUUGUUAACUGACUCUCAUGUGACGGGCAAAACAGACAUGUUUUUAAAUAAUACGUAAGCAAAACAAAGUUGCUUUUGGGGUGGAUCUGGUGCAUCAGAGUUCAACACAAACUAAUUUGUCCUUGUUAUGAACUGUUAUCAAUUUGGUGAGUUACAAGAUUAUAGACUAUAUUGUUUUUUGAGUCCACACAACUGGCUGGAAUGGAUUAAUUCACUCACUCGCAUGCUCACUCACUCACUCAUCUGUAUUUUUGCUGUUCACGCCCUGUGCUGUUAUCAGUACAGGGAACAAAACACCCAUGUUUCCUAGGCUGCCGGUGAACCACUUCCAGUAACUGAAUUGUUAACAAGAGAAGCAGAGUAUGAAAGUCAAAUAAGCUGAAAUACAGAUUUCGGUGCCUUAUCAGCUUUACGAAUGAGCAAACAACUUACUAUUUCUUUCAUUCAUUAAUUUUCUACCUCCGCUUAUUCCAGUUACAAGUCAUAGGGGAGCUGGAGCCUAUCCCAGUGGAAAAUAUAUAGUGUUUUUCCUCUUAAAAUAAUCAAAGUGACAUCACCAGCACUUCAUACUGAAUCAUUUGCAGUAGUUCCAUUUUUCUGUAGCCAAAGACGUGUCAAAAUUUCAGUGUGAUGUGAAGAAAUUGUGGAAACUAAAUGAUCUCAGCUGCAUAAGUGGUUGAGGAAAUGUAUCCGUAGUAAAUGCUGCAUGUUUAUUUGUAAUAUACAAUAGGGCAUAAAGGUUAUUUAUGUUUACAAUUACACGUGCUUUUACCACAUUUAUUUGUGUCCCAAAACUGUACAACUUCU